CCAACCAUCUCACUCCUACCUUAUCCAUCCCUUGCUUUAUCCUAUCCCAUACAAACUCUCAUUCAUUUCCCAUCCACUCUUUCCCACUUGGACAAACCUAAUAAUUCAAGCACCACCACAAAAAAAGAGGUCAGGCACAACAUUCCUUCACUACACAGAAAUUUCACAAUGGCAACAGCCUCAGCAACAGUCUCACCAGCAAUGUUCACCACCACUACCACAGUGGCCAAGUCUAUGAGGAAACCAUCGAACAAUGUGCAUUACAUUUCAGGAGUCAAUUCCUUUUCUGGACUCAAAGCUCACAAUAGUGUGGCCACUCUUGGUCUUCCUCAGUGUACUCAUCAAUCCUUUGCUAAGAUUGUGAGCUCCUUAAGAACUCCAUCGCAGAACAAGGGCAGAGGUGGAGGUGCACUAUCAUCUACCUGCAAUGCAGUUGGUGAGAUUUUCAAGAUUGCAGCAAUCAUGAAUGGACUCACUCUUGUUGGAGUUGCAGUUGGAUUUGUACUUCUCCGAAUCGAAGCAUCUGUGGAGGAGGCAGAUGAGUGAAAAUUUCAGAGGCCUACCCUUGAGUUGGUUUUCUGUUGUUUGCCAUCACUGCCGCUGGCAAUCUAAUACUUCAUUUGAUGUAGAAAUAAUUUUUCUGUUAUUGAAUUGAGUUGGAUAUCUAAUAUGUAAUAAACAGAAUUAAUGUAAUUUUUGGGUUACUCAACAUAUUAAAGAUAAUAUGGAUGACAUUUUAUUGAUACUAA